CCUGUCUGUCCUCUCUCUCACUUCUCCCGGGCCAAUCUCAGUUCAGUGAACCCUUCUACCUACAUCUUCCAUGGCGUGUUUAUACGCAACUCAACCGUAUUUCCUAUCAUGGACUUUCUCUGUGCAGCCCAGUCCUCCUCACCGUUUGAGCCCUAACUGUACCCGCCCUUUAUUUCUCAGCUACACGAAUCGGACAGUGAAUUCUUUGUUCGGUCACAAGCUUUUACGAGCCUCUAUCAGUUCUUCUUGUCUUUCGCACGAAGCUGAUACAACAAAUAGGUCUUCGACGCUUCGAGAACUCUGUGAAGGUCAUGUGCCCGACCACGUAUUACGCAGGGUGGAAGAGGUUGGAUACAUUGUGCCCACGAAUGUACAGCAGCAAGCUCUGCCAAUCCUUUUUUCUGGCCGUGAUUGCAUACUUCAUGCUCAGGUUCUGGAAAGACCCUGGCAUACCUUCUACUUGUAUAUUCGCUUAUAAAUACUCAAAGGUCAGCUGUGCAAGCACUGAUUGUAGUGCCUACAAGAGAGCUUGGCAUGCAAGUUACAAAAGUUGCUCGUGUGCUGGCUGCAAAGCCGGAAGAUCUUCAAUUGGAAAUGAAGUCAUGCACUGUUAUGGCUCUUUUAGAUGGAGGAACAUUGAGAAGACAUAAGAAUUGGCUAAAGGCGGAGCCCCCUACUAUAGUGGUUGCAACUCUGGGGAGUUUGUGCCAAAUGGUUGAGAAGCAAAUUUUUAAGCUAGAAACAUUGCGGGUACUCAUAAUUGAUGAGGUUGACUUCAUGUUCAAUUCUUCAAAACAAGUUGGUUCUCUUCGAAAGCUUUUGACAUCAUACUCGUCAAGCAAUCAUCGUCAAACUAUUUUUGCUAGUGCAUCAAUCCCCCAACAUAGACGAUUCUUAUAUGACUGUAUACAGCAAAAAUGGACCAAGGCUGAUGUUGUUCAUGUUCAUGUCAACCCCAUUGAGCCAAUGCCGUCAAGCCUACAUCAUAGAUUUGUGAUAUGUGGCAAAAAAGAGAGGCAUACCGCCUUGCUAUCGUUACUGCAGUCUGAUGCACCUCAGUGUGCCAUAAUUUUUGUUGGUGUGCAGUCUGAAAAGUCAAAGAAGGCUGGAGAUGCUUCACCCGCAACUCUAUUAAUUAAUUUUCUGAAGGCUUCUCAUAUGGGAUGUUCAGACAUUCUUCUUCUGGAGGAAGACAUGAAUUUGAAUCAACGAGCAGCUUCCUUAUCUGAAGUUAGACAAGGAGGAGGCUAUCUUCUGGUGGCAACAGACAUAGCAGCAAGAGGUGUUGACCUGCCGGAGACAACCCAUAUAUACAACUUUGAUCUUCCAAAAGAUGCUGUAUGCUAUCUUCAUCGUGCUGGAAGGACAGGUAGGAAACCAUUCUCAGACACUAAAUGUAUUGUUACCAGUGUUAUAAGAUCAGAGGAGCGCUUUGUGUUGCAGAGAUUUGAAAAUGAGCUAAUGUUUCAUUGUGACAAGUUUAUGUAGAUCUAGGAGUAAUUUCAGAUUUAUACAAAGUUGGUAUUACUAUUCUUCUUGAAGUAACUAUAUUCCCUGCGAGAAAAAAAAAAUUCCAAGGGAAGUUAAAAAAAAAAAAACUAAGUAUUCCCUGUGCUUUUUAACCAUUUCCAGUACAAGUCUCUCAAAG